AUGGUGUCUCUUACUCGCCUUUUUCUACUCGCGCUCACUCUCGCUCAACUCUUCACAUCGACAACGGCUGUUCGAGGUCAAGGGAUAAUUGGUGCAGGGAAACAAGGAUGCAGCAUUCUUUUGCGCACUUUGGCCCUCUGUAUCGAAGAGCAUUGUCGGCGGGACAACCCCCAGAUCUCCAAGAUCGAGAGGUUUUGGGAGACCUAUCCACUCGCUGGCACCGGCGUUUUCUUGGACCCUGCACAAGUAGGACCGAUCAUGAGUUACCAGGAGGCACUUCGUUACGCCCAUGUAGAUGUGGAAGAAUUCGGUGAAGGGAACAUCCCGUCUGUCGUGGCCUGGGAACCCUUGAAUGCGACGAGCCUCGUCCGCGCAGAGGACUGGCUUGUAAUCUACAACGGAUUGCUCCUCCUCAACACAGGCGGCCUGGUUCAUGGGCGAAACGGGGUCAUUGUCGCUGUUACCAGCGUUUUUCUCCCCUCGCUUGGUGAUCUACCUCGAAAACCGUUCAUUGGCUAUCGUCAUCGCACGCCGGUGGCUGCCAAUAUCGGUUUCAUGCCGACGCGAGGCCAGACGCUAUACAUCAUCUACCUUGUGGUGACCCAGAUCACUCUUGCCAUACUCCCCUUAAACUUCUUCAAACCAUGGGGCUACAUGUCACCGCCCUACUUCUCGCAGCGCCUUUUGGAGUAUCUCUACUCGCACCCUGCUCUGCAAAUCCUUGGCGACCGGACGGGCGUCAUAGCGAUGGCCGACUUUGUCGCUCUUUUCCUUUUUUCCAGCCGCAACAACAUCCUUCUAUGGAUCACCGAUUGGAGCCACGGAACCUUCAUUCUCCUUCAUCGAUGGGUCGGUUACUGCACCAUCAUCCAAACCUGCAUGCACUCCCUCCUCCUCCUCAUCUUGUACGGGAAAGACCACGAGUACCAGUCUCAUCGGAAAUUCUGGGUCUGGGGUAUCGUUGGCACUCUCGCCUUUGUGAUACUCUGGCCGGCGUCCCUCCUCCCCGUUCGCCAGAGAUGCCACGAAUUCUUCCUCAUAUCCCAUCAAGUCCUCUCCGUCAUCGCCCUAGUUGGGACCUUCCUUCACAUCUACAUAUUCUAUGGCUAUAGAUGGGGGUUUGAGAUAUGGGUGUAUGUCGGAGGAACCAUUUGGUUCCUCGACCGCUUCAUUCGAGUUCUGAGGAUGUUCGCGAAUGGUUAUCGGACAGCAGCCAUUACCGCCAUCGACCCCAGUGGUGAAUACCUCCGCGUCGAGAUAGAUGGGAUCGUUGCGGAAGGACAUGUGUACUUAACCUUCCCCACUCUUGGUUGGAGAUUCUGGGAGAGUCAUCCCUUCUCCGUGUUAUCGACAGUCACAGCGGGUCGAGCAAAGGUCGCUAAAGGUGUCGAAGAUGUCGCUACAUCGAAAGUCGCAGGUCUUGACCCGGAGAAAACCAGUCGACCCAGUUCUUCAUCGUCAGGCUCGGGUGGUCACUCAACAACCGUUCGUCCACGAAUUACCCUCCUUUUCCGCCCAAUGACUGGUAUUACAAGGACGAUCGGUCAGCGCUUAUCAGCAUUGGGCAAGGGGCAGCGCCUGGCCCUUCCAGUUCUGGUCGAGUCGUCGUAUCACGCUAAUCCAGCUACCCGAAAUCUUGCCCAUUGUACCACUUUACUCUGUAUUGCGGGCGGUGUAGGCAUUACCGCCAUUCUCCCAAUCGUCAGGACAUUCGGAGGCGCUCGUGCUCGAGUUGCGUGGGGAAUGCGCAACGAAUGGCUUCUUCGGGCAGUCGAAUCCGACCUAGCGGCUCUCAACCCUACCACCGUCCACGUCGAAACAAGUAUAGGACAACGGCUGGACGUUGUUCGAUUGCUGAGGGAAGAAUUGAUGGAUAGCGAGGACGCUGGUGAUCUGGGCGUGGUUGUGUGUGGUCCGAGUGGAAUGUCAGAUGAUGUACGGAAUGCAGUCAGUGAACUCGGAGCGAAGGCAAAGAGGGGAAUCGUGUUUAUCGACGAGGCGUUUGGUUGGUAA